GCCACACCUUCUCAAAUUUGUCAUUUUGACCAACCCACGCAAAUGAUUGGAGUAUCAGGAUGCAUAGAUUUCUCCGAAGGUCUUUCUUGUUGAGCAGCAGGAUUCCUCAUUACUGCAGAAGCAGCAGUAGUGGUACACCAAACGGCGAGCAAUCUAGUGAAAGUUACGUUUGGGUUAAAGACGGCGACAUCACUCACAUCAGUGACAAGUUGAAAAAACUUGUGCCUAUCUACUCGAAUAUCGAGUGGAGUCACGAAGAGACAUUUAGCUUCAGCUCUUUCAAACUCUGUGGUCCAAAGGAAGAGAUUGAAAGUGUUGCAGCAGAGCUCAAGAAGUGCUUCAAAGACGGAUGUAUUAAGCUAUUUCCUUGCCGCUCACCCUUUGAAAAGCCUGCAAAUACUGCUCCACAUUUCAUUGAUGUCACACUUACAUUUAACGAAGAGUUAGAAGGUUUGUGGGUCAAUAUUAUUAAUAACACAAAUUUCCCUGACAUCGCUUCCAAGAUAUCAAAAAGAGAUGAAUUCGAUUGCAUCGGUUCCCCCGAUGUUAACAUAAUUGUUAAAGAGCACAUCCCUACAUUAUAUGGCCCUGUUAAGUCAUAUAAUAUUAAAUCGCUUUCAAGCGACUUCAAGCCAGUUAUCAACAUCUCUGUUACUCAUAAUAUUUGUAAUGGAGAAACUGAAGUUGGAUAUGUUGUAAAACAAGUGAUUCAGGAUAUGUUUUGCAACUACUUUGUCACCAUUGAUAGCGUGAGUUCACCAACAACUGCAGUCUGCAGUAGAGAUUGCAGCAACAAAGAAUAAACUAGUGCAUGUGAUGUGAACAAAAUUUUAUUUUUUUGAAUUACUAGAGAAAUUAAGAAUAAUUA